AUGACGAAUAACGUAAAGGUGCCGUUGGAAUGGAAGCGGCGCGUUAAGAAGGAAUAUAUGAAAAUUCGUCAACAGAAACGCUACAAGAGAGCGGAUGAAAUAAAGGAAGCCUGGAUUAAAAAUUGGGAUGAACACAAUUAUAAUGUUCAGGAUUUGUAUUGCGACCCAAAGGUUUGGCAGGCCCAACCAUAUGACCCGCCGCAUGUAGACUGUGUUAAAAGAGCUGAGGUAACAGUUUAUAAUGGAGGUGGUGCACAACAAGUGCCAAUUUGUGUAAUAAAUGCCGUCACACCUAUUCCAACAAUGUAUACAUGGGCACCUACACAACAAAAUUUCAUGGUCGAAGAUGAAACAGUCCUUCAUAAUAUACCCUAUAUGGGUGAUGAAGUACUUGACAAGGAUGGCAAAUUUAUUGAAGAACUGAUUAAGAAUUAUGAUGGCAAAGUGCAUGGUGAUAAAGAUCCCUCGUUUAUGGAUGAUUCAAUAUUUGUGGAAUUAGUGCAUGCUUUGAUGCGAACAUACCCCAAAGAAAUUGAGGAAAUUACUGGUGCUCCUUUAAAAAUUGAAGUAAUCAAAAAUGAAGAAUCAAAGGAAAAGCACAGAGAUGGGGAUAAUGAUUUAACCGUAAGUGAGACUGAGAACAAAGAGAAAUCGAAGGAUUCUGAAUUGGACGUGAAGGAUAUAAAAACUACAGAAGCCGAUGAAGUUAAUACCGAAAAGGACAAAGAAAAAGAAAACGAGGAGUCUGUUGAAAAUACAGACAAAAAUGCGACAGAGAAAUUACCAUUUCCCCCUCCUAUUAUUUUUCAAGCUAUUAGCUCAAAUUUUCCAGAUAAGGGAACCGCACAGGAACUUAAAGAAAAAUAUAUUGAGUUGACGGAACAUCAAGAUCCCGAACGGCCACAGGAAUGUACACCAAAUAUUGAUGGGGAUAAGGCAGAAAGCGUUUCAAGAGAAAGAACUCUUCAUUCUUUCCACACCUUAUUCUGUAGGCGUUGCUUUAAAUAUGAUUGUUUUCUACAUCGUCAUCCAACUCACGGUUUUCAAGUGGGACAUUCUGGACCAAAUUUACAAAAACGACGUUUUCCCGAAAUGAAACCAUUCACCGAGCCAUGCAGUAACAAUUGUUAUAUGCUUUUGGAAGGAAUGAAAGAGAAACUUGCCGCUGAUAACAAAACUCCGCCAAUUGAUUCUUGCAACGAAGCCAGUUCCGAAGACAGUAACGACAGCAAUAGCCAAUUUAGUAACAAGGAAUUCAAUAAUGAUCAAACUAAAGAAAAUGGAACUGUAACAAGUGCAGCUUCAGCAGAAAUAAAUUCAAUAAUGGCUGGAAUGAUGAAUACCUUAAAUGUAAAAUGUGAUUGGACUGGUGCUGACCAAUCGCUUUUUCGUACAUUGCACAAAGUAUUUCUAAAGAAUUAUUGUGCAAUAGCCCAGAUAAUGUUGACGAAGACAUGCGAACAGGUAUAUGAAUUUGCCCAAAAAGAAGCUGCAGAAUUUAGUAUUGAGGAACUACGUCAAGAUUAUACACCUCCACGCAAAAAGAAGAAGAAACAACGUUUGUGGUCGCUACAUUGUCGUAAAAUACAAUUGAAAAAGGAUUCCUCUUCAAAUCAUGUCUACAAUUAUACACCUUGUGAUCAUCCUGGUCCUUGUGACAUGAAUUGUUCGUGUAUACAGACACAGAACUUUUGCGAGAAAUUCUGCAAUUGCAGCAGUGAUUGUCAAAAUCGUUUUCCUGGCUGUCGUUGCAAGGCCCAAUGUAACACCAAACAAUGCCCUUGCUAUUUGGCUGUACGUGAAUGUGACCCAGAUCUAUGUCAAGCAUGUGGCGCUGAUCAAUUUAAACUUACAAAAAUUACUUGUAAAAAUGUUUGUGUGCAAAGGGGACUGCAUAAACAUUUACUUAUGGCACCAUCGGAUGUUGCUGGUUGGGGUAUUUUCCUGAAGGAGGGCGCUCAAAAGAACGAAUUUAUUUCGGAAUAUUGUGGUGAAAUUAUAUCACAGGACGAAGCGGAUCGCCGAGGAAAAGUCUAUGACAAAUAUAUGUGCUCGUUUUUGUUCAAUUUGAAUAAUGAUUUUGUCGUUGACGCCACACGAAAAGGCAAUAAAAUACGUUUUGCCAAUCAUUCCAUCAAUCCCAAUUGUUAUGCCAAGGUCAUGAUGGUGACCGGCGAUCAUCGUAUUGGUAUUUUUGCCAAACGAGCCAUACAGCCAGGUGAGGAAUUAUUCUUCGAUUACAGAUAUGGCCCAACGGAACAAUUAAAAUUCGUUGGAAUAGAACGAGAAAUGGAAAUCGUUUAA